GACUGGCAGCCUGCUAGAGCAUUGUGUCUUUUUGGCGUAAAGAGUGGAGAAGGACAGGCAGACAGAUAGAUGGGACAGUCCACGAGAGAGGAAGAGAGAGAGAGCAAGAAAGAGAGGGUCGAACAGACUAGGGGGACAGCAGAGACCCUCGCCAUCCACCUCCACACCUUCAUAUAAAGGCGGGACUUUACAAGAAAAUCUAGUGUGUAAAUGUGGAUUAUUUCUUUCAAUAGAGAGUGACGUGAGUGUGAGGCGUGCUGUCAGACUGUUUGGCUCCAGUUCUGAUGUGUGAGAUUGACAGACAGACGCUGUAGAGGAGUGUGAGCGACCUGAGGAGGAGCGAGAGGAGGAGGAGGUUAAACACUGAGUAGAUACAACAUGUGCUGCGUUCACAGACAACAUGAACUUUGAUGGAUUUUUGCAUCACAGAUGGACGAGCCACAUUGGAUGUCAGAGAAUCUCUACUCUUUGAAAUCAAUCCAAUCUUCAGUGGUGGACGACAUUUUCAAUGCCUGAAAGGAUCUUGACUCACAUCCUCGAAAUACAAGCAGACAAACGGAAAGUCUCAAUAGGAGCAGCCACUAGAGACUCGUUCAAAACCUUGAGUCUGCCACUCAGGAUGUACAGUAAGAAAAAUCCACACCACGUCAGACUGCAACAGCCCACACUGCUUCCUACUACACAGCGAGACAACAAGACAACAAAUAGAAAAGAAACAUUUGAUUCACUGGAACCUUCUGUCAUGUUGGAUGGUGUCAUUUAAUCCAGCACAAAUAUAAAAACAGCACUGCAUUUGGACACACUGAUAAAGACAGAGAGGAGGAACAGGAGGAGUACCACCAUGAUGGAGAAGCUGAAUCCACCUGCUUCACCACCCACCCUCGCUCGCUCCCUCUCCUCCUCCCCCAUCUCCUCCCCAUCCUGUGCCUCCAAGGAGCAGAGCAGCCCCUUCCAGAAUAAGACUUUAGUGGAUGACAUCAAGAGCUCCUGUCCAGUGGACAAGAAUCACAACAGACACACGGACACCCUCCAUAUCCCAGAUACUCCUGCUGCACCCGAGCCAGUCAUCAUGGCAACAGAGGAGGAGGUGGAGGAAGAGCAAAGAGAACCAGGCAACACCACAACACCUGCUGUUCCCACCAACGGGUCCCCUACUCUCUCCUCCCCACCUCCCCUCCUCCCAGCCCCAACCAAGACCUCCCUGCACCCUCUGCCACCUCCACCCACCAGCACCUCCUUGCCUUCCUCAUCUCCUCUUCCUCCACACAUUCCAGUCAUCAGCCUUGGUCACAGCAAACCACCUCUCCCACUCCCAAACACCCCUCUGACGGCCCUCCACCCUAUCCCCAAUCUGCUGCAUGGGCCCCACGCGGAGCUUCGCCGUGGUCAGCUGGCCUACGUGCCUGUGUCUAGUCCUGGAGUCUCUGGAUCAUCUGUCGGUGCUGGAGGCCCAUCAGCUCCCUCCCCAGGACCCUUGAUGCCUCAGCAGUACCUGUCAACACGUCCCUUCUUCACCAGUUCUUACUUGGGUUCCCCGGGAGGAAACUACGGUGUCAUUAACAGCAGCAGGAUCAAGAGGAGACCCUCGACACACUUUGAGAUGGAAAUCAGUGAAUGCCCACCUCAGAAACUUGCUCGCCGUGUCUUCACUAACAGCCGCGAGCGAUGGCGACAGCAGAAUGUGAACGGAGCAUUCUCCGAGCUAAGAAAACUCAUUCCCACACACCCACCUGACAAAAAGCUCAGCAAGAACGAAAUUCUGCGUCUGGCUGUCAAGUACAUCAACUUCUUGGUGACUCUGCUCAAUGACCAGGCCCAGGACAAGAGCAGGGACUCAGCUGAAGAGGAUGAAGAGGAGAAAGAAACAAUGGCAGGGUCAGACAGUAGCAAACAGAACCCUCUCUUUCAGUGCAACACUCCUUCACCAUCACCGCCAUCCACUACUCAUUCUGCCUUGGCAAAAGUGCACAGAGACAGAGACUCAACAGACUCAGUUAACGCUCUGGCUAACUCCCCAGCUACGUCCAGUUGCUACGGUGACACAGACAGUGAGGACAGCUAUAGAGGGAAGACCUCUUUGGUAACAAACAGCAUUCUGGGAAAAGUUAAGGGUCAGAGGGGGAUGGUGGUGGCCACAAACGAUGAGCGGUGACGCUAAAAGGCAGAAGACAAAAGGUGUGCUGUCACUGGAAAUUUAAAUGUCACCUUUAAGGCAAGGACAUGAAAAAUAUCCCUGACUGGCGGCAGAAGUGUUUGAUAAGCAAGUGUGAUUCUCUUUUUAGCAGCACAGUGUUUAAAAAUUACCUUCUUUUUGGUGUGAAAGAUUAAAAAGUGGAUUUUUAGCAAUAUUUGGUAGUUUCAGCUGCAUAUUUGCCAUUUAAGGUGAGUUGAAGACAUUAGCUACAUUCCAAUUCACUGCCUGCAUCCUUAGGGAGUGCAUUUGUAGGCCAACUACAUAAGAAGGUUGUAACAUUUCAAGGGCUAGCAAAUGUGUCCUACUUUCCACUGGCAACAAAAGAUCAUUUUGGUACAUUUUUCUAGAACCAGAUAUCAGGGGAUUCAGUUUUUGUUAAUUCAGAAGAGAUAGCAGACUUUCAAGCCAUCAGAAAAUACAAAGAUGGGGGGAUAGGGUGUUUCAAAGGAUACUAGUCCCUGAAUUGAGACACAGCUACUCUCUGUAUUCAACAAAAACACUCCAUCCCACUCAGAGGAGACUUAGAAUAUACAAAACAUCACAGGACAAUACUAUUUUAAAUCUAAAUUAAGGUCACAGUGCUCUUAACUUUAAAACUCCAUGCCAAUCAGGAUCGAUCCUUUAAAAAUCAACAACAUGAAGAUCCUACAAAUCUGGUAAAAUGGCUGGAGUAAUGUAGACACAAAAUAUAGUUUUCUGACUAUGAAAAAAUUUCAUCCCUUUCCCAGUCAAUAAGUUCAAUGCUUUAAAGCUCUUUCUGUAGACUCAAAACAUGUUAAACAGCCUGGAAGAAGGCUCUAAAAAAGAUUUGCUUUGUUCCAAAUCAAAUUUUAAAAAAUGUCCAUAAUGAUGCAAUGUCUGUUUUGCUGAAGCACAGUGAUGUUAAUGUCCACAGCCUCCAUUUUGCCUGCAGAAAAAUGAUGUAAAUCCAUACAUGAAUACAAGUCAAACUUUAAGUCAUAGAGCCAAUGCUGGUCCCACCCCAACAUUGUGACACGCAUGUAACAGACAGAAAUAAAGUGUGUUUAAGUUU